GGUCUCCUUGCUAGGCCACUCGAGGUCAUGUUUGGUACUCGCACGGUGGUGACGGUCAGCGGUUUCAUGCUUGGUGUCUCCAUGGUCAUCGCUUCUUUUUCCACUAGUAUUGUCAUGUUGACAUCAGUACUAGCACUGGCAGCUGGACCUGCUUUAAGUGUCGUCCAGAUUCUGACAAGGGCGCUAGUCGGACGCUGUUUUACGACAAACUAUGGCAUGGCGGUAGGAAUAGGGACAGCAGGGGGUGCAGUCGGCAUGGUCACCGUUGGGCCGUUUACCCAGAUGUUGCUGGAUACGUACGGCUGGAGAGGGGCUUUGCUUAUUCUUGGAGGGUUGGCCGUGCAUCUUGAGGUGUGUGGCGCCCUCUUACGUUCAUUGUCGACUGAUAAAACAAAUGACAGCUAUCAGCCGGUGAGCACCGGCGACAACGAGGAACCACAAGUCGGUUCAUCAAGUGCUGAGGAGACAGGCAACUUGAAGCAGUCAUCACGAAUUAGCGCCUUCAAAAACGCCCUCGGUGCGCAGAUGAAACAUUUCGGAUUGUCAGUUUGUUUCAAGUUCUCAUUUUGGAUCACAGCAGUCAUCUUCAUUUGCCGCCGCUUUGUGGUUGAUCAAUGGAUGAUCUAUUACAUUUCCCAGGCCGAAGCCAAAGGCUUCUCUCUGUAUGACGCUGUGACAUUCACCACAGCUGGAGGUGUCGGUAACGUCGUUUUCAAGAUUUUGCUUGGUGUUAUCGUCGAUAAAGGUUUGUUGAAAUUGAGACCGGCGAUCGCACUGAUGAUCACACUGAGUUCCUCGACUUUAUUGAUAACUCCCUGGGUAAACUCUUAUUGGUUGAUGAUGGUCAAUACAGUUAUCUAUGUUAGCAGUCAUGGAGCUCUAGUCUCACUGAAUGAUCUGUACACCAGGGAGCUGCUUGGAACUGAUCUCUUGGCCUGUGCUUUCGCUUGGAUGGAGCUGGCGACGGCCAUUAUAACUUUCAGCCUUGGAUUCUUUCCAGGUUGGAUGUACGACCACACUGGCAGUUUUGAUUUGGCCUUUUUCAUCAUGGGGUGCAUUUCAGCUCUAUCGUUGAUGGCGCAGUUGAUGGAAUGGGUCCUGGCGAGAUGCAAGUCCAAGCAGACGGCUUGAAGUAUCUAGACCAUCAGCCUGGAGGUUUGGCCAGUAUCAAAUCAGGGCAUAAAUGAUUAUAGUGCGCAUGCGCAAGGUAUACCGCCCCUAGAUUGGAAACAAGCAUUUUGAUGGACAUUUUGAAAAAAAGGUUGAUAACACCCCAAAAGCUGCCACCGCUGCAAUGCUAUCACAUAUUUUCCAACUCUGGAGGUGUAUACCUUGCCAAAAGUCGUUAUGACGAAUAUUCCCCUCAUUAGAUACCGGUGGCCAAAACUUUGGAUCGAGGCUGAUGGCCUAAUGCCUAAUUAAACUGCAAGAAUACUGACGUGUGACAUGAAGAAAAAAAUAUAAAAUAAAUCAUGCACCCUUUCAUUACAAUCUGAUGAUUGUGGACAAUAGUCUUAAUUAUAAAAACAAUGACAUGACCGCAUAUAAAGUGCAUGCUAUAACGUUACAUUUGAAAUUUAAAGAUUAAUUUUCAAACCACUUUUUGGAAGAAUAUUAACAGUACUGAAUAAUAGAAUUAAAACCCGUGCUAAGUUAGUGAAAAUUGAAAAGCACAAGUAACACAGUAUUAUCAUAUCACCAAUGUAAAAAUAAAAUUAUAUGUAAUUUUACAGAAAGUUUCACAGAUCCACGCUUUUGAGUUUAACAACAGUUAUGAUGUUGAACUCCAAGUUCUUAAGUAAAAUUUCUUCUUCUUUUGGACAGAAUCUGAUUAAUUUACAACAUUUUUUUGUAAAAUUAUCAUUGCAGAGAAAAGUGAUGUGUUAUCAAUAGUUUUUCUUUAUUUUGAAACAGAUCGUUUUGAUGUAGACCGAUGGUUUGUGUACACUUUGCAAUCACCCUUGGCUACGUAAAUUUAAUUUUCAGAGGUGCCUAGCUUUAUAUUCCACAUCUUGCCCCCACGAUUUUUACUCUAAAGGGAGCUAGAAGCAGUUACAUAAUUAUUGGACCCCUGUACUGCUCAAUCUUAAUAUGGACUUGGCACUCGGCUGGCUCAAGAAACUCUUUUACCAACUCACAUGCAUUAUCUAACCUCCUUGCAACAACUGUUAUGGCACACGUCACCGAUCAAUACAGCAUAUGUUGUAAAUCAGUUGAUAAGCUUGACUGGUACCAUUUUAUUGUGGAACAUGUUAAAACUGUUUUCCUCAUAUAUUACCAUUUAAUCAUGUUUUAUCUCAUGACUUUGAUCUAGCAAUUUCAUGCGUAUAGACAAAGUAUGACAGGUGGUGGUGUUGCACUCUACGUGCAUAAUUCCUUUAAAUUCUUUCUCUGUAAUGACUUAUUACUGAAUUGUCCUGAAUGUGAUUCAUUGUUUAUUGAAAUGACUUGUACUGUGGGUAAAAAUAUUAUUGUUGGAAUAAAUUAUAAACCGCCUUGUUUUAAUACAAAUGAAUUUGUUGAUCUUUUUUAUACUAUCCUGGCAAACAUAAACAAGGAAAAUAACGUUUCCUAUAUCAUGGGCGAGUUAAACAUUGAUUGAUUGAAUUAUACAAUGCCAUAAUCCCAAUCAGAAUGUUGCCAAUUCCCUCUUUUUAGCAAUUACUAUUUACCACUGAUGGAUAGACCAACUGGUAUAACGUCUAGAACUGAUACUUUAAUACAUAAUAUAUCAAACAGUAUUGGACGUACAGAAAGCGGCUUCCUGUUCAAUGACAUUUCUGACCACUAACCAACAUUUAUCAGAUACCCUCCUUUAAUAUUAAAGGCACUGAUAAACAAAAUGCACGUCGUUCAUAUAGAUACAGUGGAUAGAUUGGAAAGGUUUAGAAUUGACUUAACGCAAAAUGGAAUAUAAGUUGCACGAUCAUAUUUUUGAUGAUUUUCACUUGCAAUUUUAAAAUAUAGGCCUUUGAAGAAAACUUUCCCUUCAAGAUUUAUUGUCUGCAGUUAAUCGUUUUAAUUGUGUAAAUAAAUAAUUCAUUUAUUACAACACGUUGGUGGAUUUUUUUUUCGUUCAAUGCCUCCCUUUUUG